CACUCGCGUGAAUCGGCGCGCAAUCACGCGACUUUCGAGGGCCGUAUCCGCGAGAUGCGCUCUUCCGAUUGAUUCGGAAGUGUUCCUUUGCCUUCCUCUUGGAAGAAAUAACAUCGUUGUUACCUAUACGCACGCACGCGGUGCGUAACGAGGUUGCCGCGUUGGUAUUAGUGUCAGGAACAUGGCUAUAUUUAGCGUAUGACGGCUGGCCGUUUCGGAGCACGAACGACUCGAUAUAGCUCGCUCGCGGCGUCGCGUCACCUGUGUGUUUACGGCUCUUCCAGUUCAUGAUAACAGCGCGAAAAUGGAGGAUAUAUUUCAGUGGUGUCGCGAGGGAAACGCUAUGCAGGUCCGUGUCUGGUUGGACGACACGGAGCACGACCUCAAUCAGGGAGAUGAUCACGGAUUUAGUCCGCUUCACUGGUGCUGUAAGGAAGGCCACAUAAAGUUAGCAGAGUUGCUAGUUAGCAGAGGGGCACGCGUUAACGCCACCAACAGAGGGGACGAUACCCCGUUGCAUCUGGCUUCGGCGCACGGACACAAGGAGAUAGUACAGUUGUUGCUGAGAAACCGUGCCGACGUAAACGUCACGAACGAACAUGGGAACACCGCUCUGCACUACGCUUGCUUCUGGGGAGAUCAGGCGGUUGCGGAAGAAUUGGUCGCGGCCGGUGCUCUCGUGUCCAUCGCGAACAAGGACGGCGACACUCCCCUCGACAAGGCCAGAGGUGUUGUGGCCAAGAGAUUGCACGAUUUGGCAGUGGAAUAUGGACAAGACUUGAAGAAGAUACAGUUCAAGGAUCAGAGCUGGUUAGGACUGAAGACCAGGAGUCGAGAUGCGACUCUCUCGAGGCACAAAGGUAUCAGUAUGGCGGACCUGGCCCUCCAUAUGCACCUCGCGAGCACACCGAGCGGCGAAACCUGGAGAGGCCGAUGGCAGAACAACGAUAUCGUCGCCAAGAUACUGAACAUCCGCGAGUGUACCGCGCGCAUUUCCAGGGAUUUCAACGAGGAGUUCCCGAAGCUGAGAAUCUUCUCGCACCCGAACGUUCUGCCGGUCCUCGGUUGCGUGAAUCAGCCGCCGCAGUUGGCGACCGUCUCCCAGUAUAUGACGCGCGGCAGCUUGCACCGGCUCCUGCACGGCGGGAUGGGUGUCGUCGUGGACACGGCGCGUGCCCUCCGAUUGGCCCUCGACGUCGCCAGAGCUAUGGCUUUCCUUCACGGUUUGGAUCGGCAGAACAGAUGCAGAUUCCACCUCAACAGCAAGCAUAUAAUGAUCGACGACGAUCUAACAGCUCGUGUGAACAUGGCGGACGCGAAGUUCUCUUUCCAAGAAGUCGGGCGAAUUUAUGAGCCGGCAUGGAUGUCGCCGGAGGCUCUGAGCAAGCGUCCAGCGGACAUCAAUCACGAGGCUAGCGAUAUGUGGAGCUUCGCCGUUCUCCUGUGGGAGUUGGCGACCAGAGAAGUACCGUUUGCGGAUCUAUCGCCUAUGGAAUGUGGCAUGAAGAUUGCCCUGGAAGAUUUACGCAUAAGCAUUCCGCCGGGCAUUUCUCCGCAUCUCGCAAAGCUCAUUCGAAUUUGCAUGAACGAGGAUCCUGGCAAGCGACCGUCCUUCGACAUGGUUGUGCCGAUCCUUGACAAGAUGAAACGCUGAAAUGUACUCGACGUAAAGUAACACAGUCGGAAGAAUCAACGGGGAUACAUCCAGAGAUUUAAUAGUGCCUAAAGAAUCUCUAUAUUUAUUACUGCCUGAAGAAUUAUUAACAAACGAUAGAAUAUUUUUGUAUGUACCGCUAUAUAUUCCGCAAGUGGAUGAAUACUGCCUUUAAAAACCUUUAGAAACCAACUGCCUUUAAAAACCAAGUUUUAAACGGACUAAUUUUUAUCUAUUUAUAUUUAAUGUAUUCAUAAAACGAAUUUUUAAAUGCGUAGCUCGAAUUUUGUCCAUUUGGCGUAUCCGACGUGAAAUCGCCGGGACUUUUAAUAUAAAAAGAAUAGAGAAAUAGUGCUAUUUACACACACUAGAGAGCAUAUUUUUUAUAAAAUGUUGGUGACACAUUUUCUGCCCGAGUGUCACUAGAUAUGUUAUACUGUGAAUAUUAUAUUAAUUAAAAUCAGGAUGAUUAAUAAAACUAAAUGUGUAGAACUGUAAUAUCGGACUCGUUUAGAUUGGACGAGUAUGUAUUUUUCAUAUAUUUAAAUAAUAAUCAUGUAAACUUUCAUAUGUACGAAUAAAUGUAGUAUAUAUGAACAGUUUUAUCGACAAAUAUACAUAAAUAUAUUCGCUGUUA